CAGACGUGGAGUUUUGUAGGAUAGACUUUGCAUUGGCUUCAGGGCAGCUUGCCUCCUGUUCUCCCUUUUUCUCUUGAAGAGAACCAGCAGGAAUAUAAAGCAGCCUUCAGCUCUCUCUGGACUGCUUGUUGGUGGUAACUGAGGAACCUUUUCUCCCUGAGAGUCUCACUGAGUACCUGGCCCUAUAGAAAAAUGAGCGACAUGCUGGAUGACGGCUCUUUCAUGUUCACAUCGGAGUCUGUGGGAGAGGGACAUCCAGAUAAGAUUUGUGACCAGAUCAGUGAUGCUGUCCUGGAUGCUCACCUGAGUCAGGACCCAGACGCCAAAGUGGCCUGUGAGACGGUGUGUAAGACCGGCAUGGUGUUGCUCUGUGGUGAGAUCACAUCUCGGGCCAACGUGGAUUACCAGAAGGUGGUGAGAGAUGCCAUCAAGCACAUCGGCUAUGACAACUCUGACAAAGGUUUCGACUAUAAGACAUGUAAUGUGCUGGUGGCUCUGGAACAGCAGAGUCCGGACAUUGCUCAGGGGGUCCAUGUUGACAGACAUGAGGAGGACAUUGGAGCUGGAGACCAGGGUCUGAUGUUCGGCUAUGCCACAGAUGAGACCGAGGAAUGCAUGCCUCUCACCAUCGUCUUAGCCCACAGACUCAACGCAAAGAUGGCUGAGCUUAGACGCAAUGGCAUCAUCCCUUGGCUGCGUCCUGACUCCAAGACACAGGUGACAGUACAUUAUGAUCAGAAAGACGGAGCUGUGAUCCCCAAGAGAGUUCACACCAUCGUGAUCUCAGUCCAGCACGACGACUGCAUCUCUCUGGAAGAACAGAAGAAGGUCCUUAAAGAGAAGGUGAUCAACACAGUUGUUCCUGCUAAGUAUUUGGACGACAAGACCAUCUACCACCUGCAGCCCAGUGGCCGCUUCGUCAUUGGUGGACCCCAGGGUGAUGCUGGUGUUACAGGCAGGAAGAUCAUUGUUGACACAUAUGGAGGUUGGGGCGCUCACGGAGGAGGAGCGUUCUCUGGAAAGGACUUCUCAAAGGUCGACCGCUCUGCUGCCUAUGCUGCUCGCUGGGUGGCCAAGUCUUUGGUCAAAGCCAAGCUGUGCAGGAGAGUUCUUGUUCAGGUGUCUUAUGCCAUUGGAGUGGCCUAUCCUCUGUCCAUCUCUUUGUUCACCUAUGGUUCUUCUGAGAAGACAGAGACAGAGCUGCUCCAUAUUGUCAACAAGAACUUUGAUCUGCGGCCAGGAGUCAUCGUCAGGGAACUGAAUCUGAAGAGGCCCAUCUACCAGAAGACAGCCUCUUAUGGCCACUUUGGCCGACCAGAGUUUACUUGGGAGAUUCCCAAAAAGCUUGUCUUCUAAAUACUUCGCCUGCCCGUCCUGACCGGAUCAACCCGCCUUGAGGUCGAGGCCUCUGAAUGAGCUACAACUGCCAGCUCCAUCAAUUGAUAGGACAUUGUUUUUCAUAGGAAGAAAAAAAAGCCAAAGUUAUAGGGAUAAGUCAGCUUUAAAGAGGUGAGAAGAUACAUUACAUGCAAGAGUGGUUGAGGCCGGACAUAAGAUGGGACAUUCUUCUAAUGAGAAGAGACACAUCGCAGAGGACAAACCUUUUCCCACCCCGUCCUUUUCUAGCCCACAUAACAUCUAAAUAUUGGUGCUUUAGAAAUAGGUACAAUCACUACUGAGAUAUCUACUUUGGUAACAUAAAGGAAGAUGAAAAUGAAACUUUUUAUGCCAGAAGAAGAGUGUUUUAUCACAAAGCUGUGCAGCAACAACCUCAGCGCUUUAUGUUCAAACGGUGCUAUUGACAACAGCAGAUAUUUCCAUUAUAUGAAUGUCAAAAGUGUAAUUAUCGCUCAACCAAAAGCUUGACUGUAGAGUUUAAUCUUUGUGUCAUGACUGUGAAACGUCUUUUCUAAGCUGUUUGCACUGUUACAAUCACCACUGAGCAAGAAAACAGGUCAUUAAUAAACACGGGGUAAAAGUCUUAUCUCCUUAAACUAUGUUACAACCAAUCAAAUGUAAAAUAGACAUGUUUUCUAACUGCUCUUCAUCACUGUCUGUCCUUUUUCAAGCCCUGCUUGAAGAUUUGUAUCUUUGUCUUUUUUUUUUUUUAACUGCAGGCCUGCUAUUGUGGCUGAGUCUGUAAGCGUGACUCUGAACUGUCUUAAUUGUGAAUCAGUCUGUUUUUACAUGCUCACAGCAGCAGCUUUUCAACACAACACGUGGACCACUUAUGUCUUACAUUUGCUGCAUUUUUUACGUUUUAUCCCUGUGCCAAUCUAAGAGAACGUUGGACAUUUUUAACAUUUUGCUAAUUUCUUACUCAGUGCACAGUGUUAAGAUUGCCCCCGAAACAUCUUGAACUGUUGUCUAUAUCCUAGACAGAUAUCCUUCACUAUUGAUUUAAGUUUUUUUUCUGUUUGUUUUUUUUAAAGGGAGCGUUUCUAAAAAUAUAUCUUACAAAGCAUUUGGCGCAAUUGAUUUAACUUUUGCUAUUUCUUAAUCAUGUAGAAAAUAUUCAAUUCUACACUUGUAAUAGUCAUGAAGAAGUGUUAACGCCUUAAAACAACACAAGUUUACCUUAACGGUGAGUGUAACCUUCUGUGCUUUCAUAUACAGCCAACAUUGUUUAUGUUUUUUAAAAGAGAGAUAUUUCUCUUUUACACGUGCUGAUUUAUGUCCUCUGCUGUCAACUUUUGUUGCCAGAGAAAUGGAAUGAUGUAAAUAAUUAAAGAAAUAAAGAAAAUUAAAAGAGAAA